AUGGCUGACCAUGACCCAGAGUUGGAGGCCAUCAGGCAGAGGCGAGUGCAAGAGCUAAUGGGACAGCGUGGUGGUGCGGCAAGCCCACAAAAUGCAGGGCAACAAAAGGCUCAGGAAGAUGCAAAGCAGGAAGCUGAGGAACGCCGACAGAUGAUGCUUUCUCAGAUACUAUCUUCUGAAGCUAGAGAAAGACUCUCCCGCAUAGCUUUGGUCAAGCCUGAUAAAGCAAGAGGAGUGGAGGAUGUUCUGCUGAGAGCUGCACAAACUGGUGGAAUAUCUGAAAAGGUGUCUGAAGAAAGGCUUAUCUCACUUCUGGAGCAAAUCAACAGCCACACAAGCAAACAAACCAAAGUGACGAUUCAGAGGCGUCGCAACGUCCUUGACGACGAUGACUAG